UCCAUUUCUGAUUUCCAUGUAUAUAAGACCAAAUCAAACUAGAUCUGCUCUUCAUCCAUUGAUAUUUUUCACACAAAAUUAAAGCUAGCUAGCUAGCUCCAGAUGGGAACUUACAUGUGCAUGUGCAUGAGCCUUCUUCUUCUGGUUUUGUUCACAACUGCAACUGCAACUGCAAAAGUUCAUUACCACGAUUUUGUUGUGCAAGCAACGCCGGUGAAGAGGUUGUGCAAAGCGCAGAGUGCGAUUACAGUGAACGGGAUGUAUCCUGGCCCCACCCUUGAAGUUAACAAUGGCGACACCCUAGUGGUUAACGUUGUCAACAGAGCUCAGUAUAACGUUACUAUUCACUGGCAUGGCGUGAGGCAGAUGAGAACAGGAUGGGCCGACGGACCGGAAUUUGUGACUCAAUGCCCGAUCAGGCCGGGAGGGAGCUACACAUACCGGUUCACCAUCCAAGGGCAAGAGGGAACUCUGUGGUGGCAUGCUCACAGCUCCUGGCUCAGAGCAACUGUCUAUGGAGCUUUGAUCAUUCACCCCAAGGAUGGAGAUUCCUAUCCCUUUCCAAAGCCCACCCGCCAGACACCCCUUCUUCUUGGUGAAUGGUGGAACUCAAAUCCCAUCGAUGUUGUGAGACAAGCCACCAGAACAGGAGCUUCUCCUAAUGUUUCCGAUGCUUACACCAUCAAUGGUCAGCCCGGCGAUCUUUACAGUUGCUCCGACAAAGAUACAGUAAUUGUCCCGGUCGGCUCCGGCGAGACGAAUCUUCUCAGGGUCGUCAAUUCUGCACUAAACCAGCAACUUUUCUUCAAAGUCGCCAACCACAAGCUGACGGUGGUUGGAGCUGAUGCGUCGUACGUGAAGCCCUUCACCACUUCAGUUCUCAUGCUCGGACCGGGACAAACCACGGAUGUCCUAAUCACGGCAAAUCAGGCCCCUGGAAGAUACUACAUUGCAGCACGUGCUUAUGCCAGCGCUCAAGGCGCGCCAUUCGACAACACUACAACCACGGCUAUCCUGGAGUAUAAAUCUGCACCCUGCCCUGCAAAGGGUGCCAAGAUCAAGCCAGUUAUGCCAACAAUGCCGGCGUUUAACGACACUGCAACUGCUUCCGCCUUCACUACCAGUUUCAGAAGUCCAAGAAAAGUGCCCGUGCCGACAAACAUUCAUCAUAAUCUCUUCUUCACUGUCGGACUUGGGCUCAACAAUUGUCCACCUGGUGCCAGCAGCAGCACCUGUCAGGGUCCAAAUGGAACUCGAUUCACGGCCAGCAUGAACAAUGUGUCGUUCCAGCUCCCGUCGAGUUUCUCUUUGCUUCAGGCACAUCAACAAGGCAUACCAGGUGUCUUCACAAGGGAUUUUCCAGCAGCUCCUCCAGUGAGAUUUGAUUAUACUGGAAAUGUUAGCAGGUCAUUGUGGCAACCCGUUGCAGGGACUAAGGUUUAUCCACUAAAAUUUGGGGAAAGUGUGCAGUUGGUGUUGCAGGGAACUAGCAUCUUCACAGCUGAAAACCACCCAAUUCAUCUCCAUGGUUAUGACUUCUAUAUACUUGCAGAAGGUUUUGGAAAUUUCAAUCCAAGCAGAGACACGGCCAAAUUUAACCUUGUCGAUCCUCCUCUACGAAAUACUGCAAGCGUUCCGGUUGGUGGAUGGACAGUUAUACGAUUCGUCGCCGAUAAUCCAGGGGUCUGGUUGAUGCACUGCCAUUUGGACGUCCAUAUCACUUGGGGUUUAGCGAUGGCAUUCUUGGUCGAAAACGGCGUUGGCGAACUUCAAACAUUGGAAGCUCCACCAGCAGAUCUUCCCCUGUGUUGAUGCUGAUUGAAUCAAGAGACAGAUAGAUUGCAGUAUUGUAGCCUCCUAUCAUGCAAGAAGGUUAAAAAAGAAAGUACACCAUGAUCAUAGUAUUACUAAGUUUCAUUCUUGUUUCCUCUCCCCACAUUGGGGCCUGUUUUUGCCUUUUGUUAUGGUUUACAAACAAGCUCACUAUUCCAUUUCCAAUAGAACCUUUGCUAGUCAAGCAAAUUUUAUUAGCCAUUGCUCUUCUUGAAUGUAGUUGUACUUGUACUACCAUUUGAAAAUCAUGGAAAACACUUAUU